AUGCCUACAGACAAUCCGACAUCAUCGAGCCCAGCUGGCAGAAGCGAUCCAUCUCCACUCCCUCCGUCGACCACUUCUGGCGAACAUGCCAAUGGUGCCCCGAGCCAUAGUUCUGUUCACAGACUGGGUAAAAGACGUCGAAAAGCUUCUGAGAUCACAAAUCGACGGGAUUCCAGGACAAUGAUCUCGUCUGAUAAAUCAGCCGCCUCUUCACAACUACCUACGCCCCUCAAUUCACCUAUUACGCCCGGCACCAACAUCCUGACCAUGCAGUUCGAGUCUGCACUUGCCAGGAUUGGAACCGUUAACGCGGUCGACCGACAGCGCAUCUCUAUGUUGGGAGAGGCUUGCAGGGUGAAUGAUGUUUUCUUCAUAGUCAUGCAUCUUUUCUUUUGUUCCUGGUCUUCUGGACAACCUCAGGUUGUCUCACAACUCGGUCUAGACCAGAGCCAUGUAUCGGGUCUUAUGAACUUACAGCAACACUUGCUAUUUGGCAAUCGUUACUUGAGUCCGGCAGUAGCUGAGUUAUUCUCCCGGUUCCCAGUGCCUGCAAAUCACUGCCUAACUCCUACUCCUACUCCACAAGCCUUGGUUCUGGCUAGUCAGGUGAGCCCAGUCAAGCGGUUUCUGUCUACUCUGGUGCAGGAUUGGACCACAACUUGGAAUGUGUUUUCCAGAGCAGAGGGCCCUCCUUGUCCAAUUCAGCUCAAAUAUUUCCUGAAGCUCCCAUCUGUGGUUCUCCAAGCGACCAUUUACAAGAUGUUUGUCCGCUUACGUACUGCUGACGCGCGUUGGAGCACCAUCGCCUCGGAAUUGUUUGAGCAGGCUUUGAAAGAUCCUGCGCAGACCACUCUUUCGGUUGAAGAACUUGUGGCGGCAAACGGAAGUCAAGUCACAAAACCAGCAGCCGAUUUCUUGAGACAGUAUAUGAGCACCAUGGCAAGAUAUUUUGCCGGGCAACCUGGGCUCCAAGGUCAAUCAUUACCGCGUCAAGGUGAGAGUAAUCAGGUUUCUGCCUUGGCAUCCAGGACAGUACAGCUAUCACCAGUCCCUGUCCCAGAGCCAGCGGCCCCCUUGUUCUAUCAGCAAGCUUCUAUCGGCUCUUUACAACCUGGACUACUCUCCGAUGUCGCUGGGCCCAUCCGCGCUAGCCACACAGAACAGCUUCCUUUUACAGUACCUCAAGGUCAGGCUCCAACCAUGGGUGCUGUGAUGACCCCAGCCCAAGCUAUGCUGAACUCCUGUAUUCUCCCAACUCAGACGUUUACUAUCCAUCAGAAUACCGGUCAUCAACCUCGCAACCGCACUAGCAUUGUACCUCAAGGGGGAGGCGACGGUCAUGUCCAGGCUCAACGUGGAGCACAUGUGCCUCAAAUGAUUCCCGUGACGGCGGUGCGACAAGCGAGACCUCGUGACGCCUUCAUGGGCCGAGACGGAAAUGUAACUUUACCUAUCCUUGCUACUCCGGAGCCAGAUCGUUACGCGCUUCAUCAAGCUGAUCUGCACACCCCACCUAUGGACAAAGUCAACUCUUUGGAUGGCGUCCCCCAGAGUAAGUGGUACCAAUACGUGGAGACUAUCAUCACUCGAUCAAAGCUUCUCAACGUCGAUUCACCUAUGGCUGAAUGGACCUUUGAGGUGCCAGAACAGUAUUGGGCAAGAAAGGCGCAGAGCGAAGAAGUGGUCGGCGACUCCUUCACAGCUCAUCGAAAGAUUGUCAAUGGCAGUACUCAGUUUAGGUUGAAAUGCAUAGGAUCAGACAACAACCAAGAUUUGCAGAAUAUUGCCGAAUCGGAAUAUAUCACGCUACCAACUCAAUGGCCACGCCACCUAUCCGCCUCGGUCAAUGACAACAUGGGCAUUGAUUUCCGACGGAGAGCCCACCAUGGUGCUGAUAUUCCGGCCGACGUGACCGACUACUUCCAGGAAGGAGUUAACGAGGUGGUAAUCUGCAUCAAUUUCGAUCCAAGAGAGCGUUCAAUGAGCUAUUUGAUGGCAAUUGAAGUCAUCACAGUGGCUGACAGAGAGGUAGUUCGGUCAAUGGUCGGACAGGCUGAUGCGGCAGACGUUAUGGCGUCAAUCGUCGCGACACUUCAAUCCCACCCGGAUGGCACCGACGACGCAGACCUGGUCGUUGCACAGUCAUACAUCAGCAUUGAUCUAGUGGACCCAUUUAUGUCAUGUAUUUGGUCAACCCCAACUCGCAGUAGAGCGUGCCGGCAUCGUGAAUGCUUCGAUCUUGACGCAUAUCUCGAUAGUCGUACAAACCACGGCGGUGUAACGAAACCAGACCAAUGGAAAUGUCCUAUUUGCAAGAAAGACGCCAGGCCUCAAAUGCUGGUCAUUGAUGGCUUUCUGACCAAUGUCAGGAAGGCUUUGGAUGCGACCGACAGCCUGGAUGUGAAGGCGAUUGUGGUAUCUCGGGAUGGUAGCUGGGAAACCAAGGUUGAUCCAUCAGUACAGGCCAAAGUAAAACCCAGAAACGACAUGCAAGCACCCAAUUCCCAUGCUCAUGCAGCGGGAGCAUCAGACCUACUCUCCAAUGUGUCUGGUGAAGCAGAUCCGACAUCAACGCCUCAAACAGAGGUGUUUAUUAUUCUUGAUGAUGAUGAUGAUGAUGACCAUGAUGAUUAA